CACCAUCUACAGCCCAGAGCUGAAGACCUCAAAACAAGUUUUCUGGAGAGGAGGGGAAGAAGGGAGUCGGGUCGAGGCUGGAAGAACCCCCGCCCCCCUAGCACGCCCACGCCCUCGCCCCGGGCUCCGGGCCCUGAGGACAGCUGGCCGCUCGAGCCGGACCCGACACAAAGCCGAUCAAUGCCCGCUGCGCGGCGCGGGGCGGGGGCCACCCGCCAGGGCUCUCCCGGCGCAGCUCGCCUCUGGCUGCCCCCUCACUAGGACCCCGCGGACACCGCAUCCCUCGUCCACGCCCUCCCCCUCUUACCCCCCCCUCCAAAAAGAGAACCUCCCAGACCCCCCACUGCAAAGCUGCCAGACCUGCCCCCGGGCAGCCCGCAGGAAAGGCGCCUUCCAGGGGAAAAGGACUGCCGGCCGCUGCAGCCCCGCCCCUCUCGCCCGCCCCGGCCUGGCCUUGCGCUCCGCCGACGCCCGGACCCCAGACCCAGGCGCCGAGCAGCCGGCUGCGGCCCCGCGAAGAUGGCGAGGCGGAGCCGCCACCGCCUCCUUUUGCUGCUGCUGCGCUACCUGCUGGUCGCCUUGGGCUAUCAUAAGGCCUAUGGAUUUUCUGCUCCCAAAGACCAACAAGUAGUCACAGCAGUUGAGUACCAAGAGGUUAUUUUAGCCUGCAAAAACCCAAAGAAGACCACUUCUUCCAGAUUAGAGUGGAAGAAACUGGGGCGGAGCGUGUCCUUUGUGUAUUAUCAACAGGCUCUGCAAGGUGAUUUCAAAGAUCGGGCUGAGAUGAUAGAUUUCAGCAUACGCAUCAAGAACGUGACAAGAAAUGAUGCUGGGAAGUACCGCUGUGAAGUUAGCGCCCCCUCGGAGCAAGGCCAAAACCUGGAAGAGGACACAGUCACGCUGGAAGUACUAGUGGCUCCAGCAGUUCCGUCAUGUGAGGUCCCCGCUUCUGCGCUGAGUGGGACUGUGGUAGAGCUACGAUGUCAAGACAAAGAAGGGAGGCCAGCUCCUGAGUAUACGUGGUUUAAGGAUGGCAUCCGUUUGUUAGGGAAUCCCAGGCUUGACUCACAAAGCACGAACAGCUCCUACACAGUGAAUGUGAAAUCUGGAACUCUGCAAUUUAAUACAAUUUCCAAACUGGACAGUGGAGAAUAUUCCUGUGAAGCCCGUAACUCAGUUGGAUAUCGCAGGUGUCCUGGAAAGCGAUUGCAAGUAGAUGACCUCAACAUCAGCGGCAUCAUAGCGGCUGUGGUGGUUGUGGUAUUGGUGAUCUCCGUGUGUAGCCUUGGUGUGUGCUAUGCUCAGAGGAAAGGCUACUUUUCAAGAGAAGCUUCUUUCCAGAAGAGUAGUUCAUCUAAAGCCACUACAAUGAGUGAAAAUGAUUUCAAGCACACAAAAUCUUUUGUAAUUUAAAGGAAUUCCAGUGUUGACUUCAUUAAAACCACAGUUGUUGCACAAGUUAUUAAACUAUUAUAAAACUGUUUGGGCUUACAUUUGCAAAAGGGUACUCGAGGAAAUGGUA